AUAUUUCUUGGUGAUGGUGACGCGUUUUUUCUAUGUUCUGUAACCAGACAAGUGUUAAAUGAUUAUACAAUUAAGUUUCUAAUCUUGUGCUAAGAAGUCCAUAAAUAAUAAUAACCAAUAACUUAAUUUCCCCGAUAAAUCAGUUUAAAAUCACGCAUGUGAAAUUACUUUGGGUCAAUAAACUUGGUUUGGCGGAUAGAAAAAAACACGCCAAGGCUGUCAGAAGAGCGAAAAAUCAGCCAAAUGGUCGAAUCCAAGAAUUUUCAACAAAAGCCAGAUUAAUUAUUUUCAGGCAGAGAACUCUUUCUCUUGCCCCCGCCUCCUCGUUCUAUUGAUUUCCCUAAAAAUACCUAAAAAUAAUUUGAGAAAGUGGAGAAGGUGCGAUAACUGCUGGGUGCCGAGGUUGUUGUACCUCCGAAUUUGAUUUUAGCCCUCCGCUAAAGUGUUCGUUAGCCCCCCUCGAUAAGCCAUCUGCUAAGAGCUGGCUUCCUAAAUAGAGCAUCAGCAAAAGUAUGUACUCCGCGAGUACGUGUGAAAACUUUCAAUUCACUUUAGUAGUUGCCCGUGGAAUGGCUUUCGGUGUCUUAAGUUCUUUGGAACUACAAAUAAAAAACCGUCUGAUAAGAGGCAAUAAAACGAAAUUGCAGCAAUCCAUUGCAGGUUUUAACAAUUCGAAGCCACAUGUUGCAGGCUGUCAAAGUCUGAGUUCCGCUGCCGAAGCGCAUCGCGUGAUUUGUGCCACAUCUACAUAUAUCUAAACUUCCCUGCGGAUAAAGUUAACAUGACAGUGAAAGCCCCAAACUUAUGGCAAAUAUUGAAUUUUGAAUAACAACAUGACAUUUGAUUUACUGCUGUCUUGUAUUUCUGAAAAGGAAUACCAAAAUGUUUAAAUUAAACAUAGAAAGCUUUGAAGGAUAAUGGAGCGCAACAAAUCGAGUAUCAACUAAGAAAUUUGAACAAAAUGAGAAAUGGCUUCCACAAGUAGCAGUCAGCCGGAGAAGAACCGAUCACAUGUCCCGCUUUGCCGCCUGGGAACGGAGCCGAUCAGUGGGACGAGUGCCGCUGAGGAGCCCAGUGGGCAGAGGGAAUGCUACUACUACACCCCAGCUACCUCCCCGCACCACCAUCUCUACAGCCACCACCACAAUCGUCUGAAGCAGCACCACCGGCACCACCAUCAUCAUCAUCAUCAUCAUCAUCAUCAUGAUCAUCGGCAUCAGCAUCAGCAUCAUCGGAACCAGCAGAUCCAGCACCACUGGCCAUCGCGACUGGGUCCGAUUGGUCCCUGGCUGGGCGCAAUGACCGCCUAUCGACUGCUGACAAUCAGCCUCCUAAUUGGCAUUCUGUGUCCACAUCACGUCCAGGGAGCGGACCCCAAGUUCGAUCCGACCACGCGCAUGCGCCUGGUUCUGGUACCGGCGGACGCACAGGUCAACUCGGUAAUCUACAGGUUGCGUGCCACCGACGAGGAGUUCGACUAUCCGCUGACCUUCGAGUUCGUGGGCGAUGCCAGCGCCUCCACCGUCAAGGUGGAAUCGCUACCCUGCACCAAGUACAAUUCGGUGUGCCAGGCGAAUAUCGUACUCCAGCGGCGAUUAGAGCCGGGCAGGUACUAUGACUUCCAGGUAUCGGUGAAGGACACCAAGGGCGGAAUGACCACGCAGCUCUGCUCAAUUACGGCCACCAAUUUCACCACGCCGCACGACCUCAUCUUCCCCCAUAAGCCCGGCAUCAUAAUGAUACCCGAGGAUGCUAAACGCGGCACGGAAUUGGAUUAUGUAAUUGCCCGCAAGAACCCGCUGUUUCAGAAACCAGUCUACCUCGAGUUAUGGGGUUCUCCGCUGUUUGCCAUAAGACAAAAAAUCGUAUCUUCCGAGACCACAGAGGGAACCGUUUUCCUCCUGGGACCAUUGGACUUUGAGAAGCAAGCCAUGUACCAUCUAACGAUACUAGCCAAUGAUGCCUAUGCUGAGCCUGGUCAAGAUAGUCGUAAUAUAGCGGGAAUGGAGAUAGUGGUUAUAGUCCAGGAUGUUCAGGACCAACCACCAGUAUUUACGUCUGCUCCCCCAGUCACCAAACUUCCACCAGGAAUACUGCCUGGCGAUAAGAUAUUACAAGUUCAUGCUGAGGAUGGCGACAAGGGCAAUCCCCGGGAGGUUCGCUAUGGAUUGGUCUCCGAGAACAAUCCGUUCACCUCGUUCUUCGACAUCAACGAAACAAGCGGUGAGAUCUUCCUGAUGCGACCCCUCGAGGACAUUGCCUUCAUCACGCAUGUGGGUGAUCCGGUGCUGCUCACCGUAAUUGCGGAAGAGGUUAAGGUGGGUCGUGACGAGCCGCCCGCACUGGCCUCCACGGUCCAAUUGGCGUUCUUUCUGCCCGAUCGCACCAAUUCGCCGCCGUACUUCGAGAACGAUCACUACGUCUCGAGGGUGGACGAGAACGCCCCCCAAGGCACCGCACUGACGUUCGUUGAUCCCUACGUGCCGCGGGUCUACGACGAUGAUACGGGCAAGAACGGCGUCUUCUCGCUGACGCUGCUCAACAACAACGGCACGUUCGAGAUUAGCCCAAAUGUGGCGGAACGGAGUGCGGGAUUCCUGAUCCGGGUGCGGGACAACUCCAUGCUGGACUACGAGCAGCGGCACUCGGUGCAGUUCCAGGUUCUGGCCCAGGAACUGGGACCAGCCACCAAUCUCUCUGCGCUGGUCAACGUUACGGUGUAUAUCAAUGAUGUGAACGAUAAUGCUCCGAUUUUCGAGCAGCCCGCCUAUACGGUGGAACUGCCGGAGAACAUGACGGCGGGCACUAAGGUGGUCCAAGUUUUGGCCACCGAUCCGGAUUCCGGUUUGGGUGGCAAGGUGCGAUACACGGCCAUUCUGGGCUAUCUGAACACCUCACUGAAUCUGGAUGCGGAGACGGGGCUGAUCACGGUGUCCACCAACAAACACGGCUUCGAUCGAGAAGUCAUGCCCGAAUACCAUCUGUACGCGGAGGCCAGGGACAUGGAUGGCGAGGGGAAUCGGGCCCAGGUGCCAUUAAUACUCAAGCUAAUCGAUGUCAACGACGAAACGCCCAUUUUCGAUAAGGAUCUUUACGAGUUUAUACUCACACACGACUUGAUGGGUUUCACCACCAGCGCAGUGAUCCAUGCGGAGGAUAAGGACGCCACUGCUCCGAAUAACGAGGUGCGCUACGAGAUCAUCAAUGGCAACUACGACAAUCAGUUUGUCUUGGACAAGGUGACCGGUGAGCUGACGGUCAGGGAGAAGAUCAACCUGCGAGCCAAGAAGAAUGCCAAGACGAGAAGGCGUCGACAGACGGGUUCAGAUGAUGAGGAUACGGACAUAUUCAUCCUGACAGCCAGAGCCUACGAUCUGGGUGUUCCAGUGCGCUUCUCCACCACCACUAUCCGUAUCUAUCCUCCAGAGAGCCGCAAACGCACUGUAAAGUUUGUGGUACCGGGACACAAUCCGGACAAGGCCAAGACCGAGGAGACGCUUUCGGCCCUCUCCGGUGGCAAGGUGUACAUCCACAAUAUCCGACCACUGCGACCAGAUGAGCCGGGUGCCAAGGACAUAGCAGCUGGGAAUCCGGGCAUCAAGGAGCGCAGUGUGGUGACGGCUACCGUGAUCUAUGACAGCUCCUCGGUGGUGGACAUAUCGGAGAUUCAGCAGCGAUUGUCCCAGCACAACAACUCCUAUGCCAUCAUGCCGACGGACUCCUCGCCCACAGACACCCUCACUCCCUUGCAGACCCAGUACAAGGCCGAGAACAAGGUGCUCUUCUGGCUGCUCAUCCUGCUGGCCACCCUGGUGGCCCUGACCAUCCUCAUCCUGCUGCUCUGCUGCAUCUGCUCUUGGUGUCCACUUUACGGGGCUGCAACCAAAAGAAUAGUUAAUAUCAGUAGAACUGAAGACGAUGUGCAUCUAGUGCAUAGGGAAAUGGCAAAUGGAAAACAAACAAAAUCUGUUCAGGUCGCAGAGUGGAUGGGAAGACGCGAUGCCUGGUCGGCGGAGAAACCUCCAGAUACCCGAACGAAGCCCACCCGCUGGGAGUUCCACGAUGGACGUGAGCAGCUUGACGAAGACGUAGGGAGGGCCCAGGACAUCGGCGAUGGACGUCACAUCCAAUCCGCCGAGGAGCAGCAGCGAAGAGUUCGCAUUAAAAAUAACCGCACAGCCAAAGACGAUCUUCAUCUUAAUUUCCAUAACUCUAGGACUAAUCUGAUCAACGACCGCGACGUAUACAUGGAGGAUGUGAUCGAGAACCGGGAUCUGGCGGAGGACAGGGAGCACAUAACCAGGACGCGGGUGAAUCGGCAGGAGUACGCCCGGAGGAAGCAGUACGACUCGGAGGUGCGGCACAUAGACGAUGAUUCCAUGCGAAGGCACGAGAUUGACCGAGGCAGUGACAUCGACUUCAACACAGCCCACAAUAGUCUCAAGAGCAAACGCGAGCUAUUCAUCAAGGACGGCAAUGUGGAGAUCCUUCAGUUGAUGACCCGGGAUAAGACCAGGGAUGGCUUGAAUCUGGACGAUGACAAUAUCUACGUGAAUGUCCCAGUGAAACCAGCGGGUAAUCUCUCCCAUCCACAGCUUCUGAUGGUGGACAACUCGGGGAAGGAGAUCCUAAUGCGCAGAUUUAUCGAGGAACAACCGGAUGGCAAGCAGAUCAUCAGAGAACAUUAUCAGAUUGUCCCAGGAGCCACAUACAUCCAGUCCAUGCCCAAUGAAGUCCAACAGGGAUCAACAUUGAAAGGUGACACCUUUCCAUUGGGAAAAUCGGGACCAAAUAGCAUAGUUUACUCCCAACUGGAACCGGAGGUUAAGGUAAUUCACACCCAGCCAGUGGAGGCAGGCGAAGGUGUCUCCAUGGAGCAGCAGAUGCAGCCGGCGGUAUCCAAUCAGUCACUCACCCACGAACUGGAGAACUCACUCAAGCAGCAGAAUGCCCUGCUGCGGCAGAUUCUUCUGGAGAAAGAGAAGCUUGAGAAUGCGUACACCCAACACGAGGUGGCUUUGGAAACACAGAGUCUUCCCGGCCAGUCGAUGGCCAUUGGAACUCAGACGGAUUGCGAUGCUGGGACUCAGACAGAGGGUCCAGAUGCCAACUUGGAUCCAGAGAUCAUACAGGCGAAACCUUCCCGUCGAAGAGCACGCAGCGAAAACGAUGAGUCCAUGUCGGAGGAUGGUUACGAGUACGUUCGCUUCAAUCCACCAAAUAGUCCCGAGGGCGUCUAUUGGAUCAAGCGGAGGAGGACGAAGAAACGUCCUAGGCAGCCUCGGAAGAGAAUCGUAAUGGUGGAAGAGGUUAAGCGCAAGAUCCGUACGCCCAUCAAGGAGGAGGAGGAAGUUCAGGAAAGGACGAAGCGAGUGCCGCCCAAGAAACCCCUGAGGGAGACCAAAACGAGUAUCCUGCGCAAGCAGUUGAGCGACGAAAGCCGCAAGGAUCAAUCCCGAAACGGGGAGACUCAAACAGCAAGCAAUCGCCACAGAUCAGAUCGCGAGCUGGUCAUGGAAAUAACCGAUUCCAUGGAUGAACUAGCCAGUCCGGGAUCCCACAGCAUCCGCAAGAUCCAGGUGGAGAAGUACUACAAGCACUCAGAUGCUGACUUCGAUGAGGACGACACGGAGUACUCUAUCGAUUCGGACGGGGAUGAGAUCGUGAUCAGAACCAAUUACCCCAGUCGACAGCAGGAGAACGAAAGGUACCGCAGGGAAGAGAAGAUCUACGUUGAGCCAGAGGAGCUAGCGGGACACAAAAGAGCUCCGAGGAAGCCCUCACCAACGGACUCCCAGCCAGAAGCCAUGCCGCGUCUAUCCAGACGUGAUAGUUCCAAAAGAAACUCCUCGCGAAAGCAAACCUCCUCGGAACCCCCACACAACCGAGUGUCCAUCUCCAAGUACGAAUCCACAGUCACAGAGAAUGGCAGGAAGCUCAUGUCCACCUCCACGGAAAUAGUUGGAUCCAAAAGAUCCCUAACCGAUCGGAGUUAUCAAAGCGAAACAGAGUUGGCGGGUCUCGAGCCCGAGGAAAGAAAUGUGCCUAAGUACAUGGAGUGGUACUACAACAAGAAGAAGUCCUCCGUCAGUGGACGCACGUCCACGGAGUCAUCCAAGUCGCAGCCAUCGAGCAAAAAGAAGGUGGGUGCUGCGGAGAAGCGGGUCUCGAAGACCAGGAUCACAGUCCCUCCCAAGGACGUCGAGGACGAUGAGGAUCCUGGUGGGCGUUACAAGCCGGAGCCCGCGCCCAGGAAAUCCCCACCGAAGGGCAGUCGAAUGCUGAAGGAGGACCGAGCUCUGAACAAGCAGCACAAACCAAAAAUCGAGACUGACACGAAUCACCCACUGCUCCAGCACUCGGAGCACCGCUUCGAAAGGGAGAACGCCCUGGAGGUGCCGGCCGCACCCACAAAGUUGCCGCACUACAUGUAUCCCGAGACGCCGCCACAUGCAGCUGCCAUUAGUAAGGAAUCCAGUAAGUCCAGUAAGGAACCGAGGCCCAAGCCCAAGCCAUCACCCAUUCGGGAGAACGAAGUCAAGGUGUCCAACUCAAAGAUCUACGUAGAGCAACGGGGAGCGGGCAAUCCCACCCAGAAACAGCUGAAUGCCUCGACCCUGGAGGAUGAUCACGACUCCGGAAUAGCCAUGAACUCACUGCUCAACAGCCUGGGACGUAGGAAUCCCAUUGCCGAGAAGAAGAGCGUCUUCUCCAUCGCCUACGACGAUGUCAGCCGGGUGAAGAAGAUCAACUCGGGGGGCGAGUCGCCGCAGUACUCGUAGGACGAUCCGAUCCAUUCCAAACCCUACAAAAGGAACAAUCAUAUGUGAUAGCCUCAAAGGCUCCCUACCUGCGAAUCAUCGAACCAACACUAUCUGCAAUACUGUAUAAUAUACACCAAAAGCCAGCAUAUGUUAUCCCCCAUAUUCGUAGUCUACGGGAUGUUGAGAAAUUUUCAACUCGUUUCCGUGCACCGAAAAUACUUGUACGUUAGGAUCCGGAUCGGUUAGCCGCUUUCAUUUUACUCAUAAGCCGACAGAUGUAGUUCAAAGUUUUAUAUUUAACGUUAUACCUUAUAGUGUGGUUCGGUCGAGAGAGAUUACUUCUCUAAUCUUCGAGGCACUGGCACACGAUCUAUUCGGUGACCAUGCCCCGCCAACGUAUUCAACUCUAUCCUAUAUGCAUAAUAUAUACUCGACUAUGUAUGACCAAAAUUGUUAAGAAUAUUUAUAUGGAUAAUGUUUAAUGGAUCUUUGUACAUACAUACAUUUGUAGUUAUAACCCACAAGUCAUUACCAAGUGCUUUCCUAACAGAAACUUGUGCAAAUGUGUAUGUACAUAAGCUAAUGUAUAUUAUGCAGUCGGAUAAACAGAUGCCUGCCAUAUUGAAAACACUUGCAAAUAUAAUCUAAUAAACCAGAAGCAAGUUUUUGUAAAUACUUUAAAUAUAAGCUUAUGCAAAUAAAUCAAAUUAAUC